AUGUUCAGCCUGCCCCUGUCCGUCCAGAGGGCGAUGCAACAAGUGCAGGGCGAAAUCCAGCUGGACAGUUCUGUGGGUGAUAGCGCUAUAUCCGACAGACACAACUCGCCCGCCUCGCCUCUGGUGACGGCAUCACUUCAGCUUCCUCGUCGAAGAAGUACACCCGCACGACCAAAUUCUCUCACUCGGCAUAUUAACAGCCUCAAGAGCUUGCCUCACUCAAUGGCAUCCCCAAAUGCCCUCGACAGCCCCGAUUCUUAUGCGAUCGCCGGGAUGACUGCUCUCCACAUCGAGUGA